UUUUUGCUACCGUGGCACAAGUUGAUCGUUCCAAGUCCGCCAAGAUAACCCGCUGCGGAUAACAUAUCCGGGAUCCACCAGCUGUGCGGCUCUCCUCUCUCGGCUGGGCGUUGACGGCGGUGGACGGCGGCGCUGCGGCGGUGAGUGUGUGGGCCCCAUCUCAGGCACAAGUAUCGUUGGACUUUCCAAUCUGUCCGUUCUCCAGCCUCUACGACGAGGAGUUCACGCCCCGAGAAGCUUCAGCGAAGCUUCACUUCGUCUUUCACGGGACCAUAACGACCGGCCAAAAAGUCGUAGAUAAAUAGAAGAGAAGAGAAGCAAGUAGUAAACGCCUCCAUUUCGGCGAGCGAUUGCGAGACUUCUUGCUCUUGGUCUCUCCCUCGAUGGGCGAGGGUUAGCAGUCAGAAUCGCUGAUCCCAGUGUGGAAGAAAAGGGUCUACCAACGCCUGCUUAUAGAUAUUCAAGAAUUCAUAUCUGCUUCCACAUGGUUGAUAUGAGCGAUUGCUGAUGACAAUCAGACAACAUCCACAAUACGGAGCAUUGUCAUAUUUGAAGACCUAAAGAUUGGUCUUUGUACCAGGCAGUGCGUUGCAAUAAAAAACUGAAGUAAUGAAUCAUCGGGAAGAGAAAUUUGUGAGGUUUCAGGACUGGAAUUCAGAGCAAUCCCUGAGUUCAGAGAAGAUUUUUUCAGGAACAAAACAGAUAACAUUUGGUUCGUUAACAAAGACUUUUCAGAGAGGAUUUGAAUGGGUUAGAAACAUUUUUCACUCUCUGUCUUUAAGUAAUUCAUCUACAGAGGAAAUAAAGUCUAGAAAGAAAAUUCUUGAUCCUCAAGGACCAUUUCUUCAAAGGUGGAACAAAGUAUUUGUCAUAUCCUGUGUAAUUGCAGUGUCUGUUGACCCGUUGUUCUUUUACAUCCCAGUAAUCAAUCAGGACAAUUGCCUUGAAUUGGAUAGAAAGUUGGAAAUCACAGCAAGCGUCUUGCGUUUCUUCACAGAUAUUUUCUAUAUACUUCACAUCAUUUUUCAAUUUCGAACUGGGUUUAUUGCUCCUUCAUCUAGAGUAUUUGGAAGGGGUGUCUUGGUGGAAGAUCCAUCAGCAAUAGCCAAACGAUACAUAUCAUCAUAUUUCCUAAUUGAUAUUCUUGCUGUGCUUCCCCUUCCUCAGGUGGUUGUCUUGAUUGUAAUACCCAAACUGCAAGGCUCAGCGCUCCUGAAUGCGAAAAAUGUUUUGAUGUUUAUUGUUAUAUGCCAGUAUGUGCCAAGACUUGUUAGGAUCAUACCUUUGUAUCUUGAAGUUACAAGAUCUGCUGGCAUAAUUACUGAAACAGCAUGGGCUGGGGCUGCUUUUAACCUUUUACUUUAUAUGCUUGCAAGUCAUGUAUUUGGAGCAUUGUGGUAUUUACUCGCUAUUGAACGACAAGACACAUGCUGGAGACAUGCCUGUAGCAAAAAUAAAUGCACUCCUGACUCUUUGUACUGUGGUGGAGAACAUAAAGGAAAUAAUGAUUUCUUGUCGGUAGCUUGCCCUUUAAAUGAUUCAAGUUCAGAUGUCUUUGACUUUGGAAUAUAUCUAUUAGCUCUUCAAAAUAUUGUCCAGUCAAGGAACUUCUUGGAGAAGUUGUUUUAUUGCUUUUGGUGGGGACUUCAAACCCUGAGUUCUCUUGGCCAAAAUCUGCAAACCAGUACUUACACCUGGGAGAUCCUAUUUGCAGUUUUUGUCUCCAUCUCUGGUUUAGUUCUGUUUGCACUUCUCAUCGGCAAUAUGCAGACGUAUUUACAGUCCACCACCGUGAGGAUAGAAGAAAUGAGGGUGAGAAGGAGAGAUACAGAGCAGUGGAUGUCUCACCGCUUGCUUCCAGAGAGCCUGAGAGAGCGAAUACAUCGUCACGAGCAGUACAGAUGGCAAGAAACAAGAGGGGUUGAUGAAGAGAGUCUUCUCCGGAACCUUCCUAAAGACCUUCGAAGGGAUAUAAAGCGUCAUCUCUGUUUGUCACUUCUCGUGAGGGUUCCAAUGUUUGAACAGAUGGAUGCUCAACUUAUGGAUGCUAUGUGUGACCGUUUGAAACCAGUUUUAUACACUGAAGACAGCUGCAUUGUUCGCGAAGGGGAUCCAGUGACUGAGAUGCUCUUCAUCAUGCGAGGAAAGCUAGAGAGUAUGACCACAAAUGGUGGAAGAACUGGUUUCUUUAAUUCAGAUAUUCUCAAGGCUGGGGACUUCUGUGGAGAAGAGCUGCUCACCUGGGCUCUGGACCCUCACUCAUCCUCUAGCCUCCCCAGCUCAACAAGGACAGUGAGGACAUUGUCUGAGGUUGAAGCUUUUGCUCUAAUGGCUGAUGACUUAAAGUUUGUUGCAUCACAGUUCCGGAGGCUCCACAGCAAGCAGCUCCAGCAUACGUUCAGAUUCUAUUCACCGCAGUGGAGGACAUGGGCUUCUUGUUUCAUACAAGCAGCUUGGCGCAGGUACUCCAGAAAGAAACUCGAGGAUUCUUUACAUGAAGAAGAGCAAAGGCUGCAGGCUGCAAUGGCAAGUAGUGGUGCAAAUUCACCAAGCCUUGGUGCCACAUUAUAUGCUUCAAGAUUUGCAGCGAUUGUCUUACGGACUUUGCGGCGAAGUGGAACGCGCAAGGCUCGGUUGCAGGAAAGACUUCCAGUGAUGUUAUUGCAGAAGCCAGCAGAGCCCGAUUUUUCUGCUGAAGAGCAUUAAUGCAAAGUUUUACGACAUGGUGCAACAUUUUUGCUAUAAUGCAUUAUCUUGAAAAUCAUUGAUUCCAUCACAAGUGCUUUGAUUGUAUUGUUCAUAAGUAAACGUGAAAGGAUUAAAAGUUGUACAUAACAAGAUGACCAUGAUUUGGUUUGUAUCAUUAAAUUUUCAACAUUAUGGCCCAUGACACCGCUGUUUAACGUGCAUUAGUCUGCCCAUACAUUUUGUGCUUCAA